AUGCAUAUGUCAAGGCUAACAAUCGGAAUCGCAGUUGGCCUCGUGCUCCUACUUCUCUACACCAUCACUUCGAUAUCGGCUGUCGACCCCACCUCCAUCUACUUCCGCGCAAGCACGGGCUAUGCUCCGCGAUACUCUGCAUUCCGCCGCCAGCAGGCCGAAGCCUAUGUAGCAGCUUUCGACCAUGCGCCCAACGACUUCUACCACGCCAGCAAGGAUGAGAAGAGGAGGAAAUUGUGUGUCGGCAUACCGUCGAUCAAGCGCGACGUCGACUCAUAUUUGCCUGCCACUCUGGGCUCGCUUCUCGAAGGCUUGACACGUGAGGAGCGAGAGGAGAUCUACCUCAUCGUCUUCAUUGCGCAUUCGGACCCCACACAGCACCCGUCGUACGUUGAGUCAUGGCUCUCCGGUCUUGUAGAUGAGGUUGCGACAUAUGACUUCGGUUUCGAUCGCAUGCAGUACAUCCGCAACAUGGAGCAAGUUGGGGGGCGGGUUGUCGAGAAGGCCGCAUUUGACUACGCUUACCUGUUGAACAAGUGCGCAGAACAGUUCACACCGUAUGUCGCCAUCUUCGAGGAUGAUACUGUUGCCAUGGAUGGAUGGUACCAUCGCACCAUGACUGCGAUCCACGAAGCUGAGCAACAGGCCGCCCUGCGCAGGUCGAAGCCCGAUUUCUUCUAUCUCCGCCUAUUCUACACCGAGCAGUUUCUGGGAUGGAACAAGCAGUUUUGGAAGUCAUACCUAUGGCGCUCGAUCUUCGUCGCUGCGCUGCCGAGUGCGCUCUUGGUCUUUGUGCGCGUCUUCAAACCCCGGACCAAGCUCUCUAUGACUCUCACGACUCCCCGUGCCUUCAUUGCGCUCUACGCUUGCCUGGCUGCUCUUAUACUAUUCUACUUCUCUCUCGGUCGUAUGACCGUCCACCCAAUGCCAUAUGGCGUUCAUGAAAUGCCGCACUUCGGAUGUUGCAGCCAAGCCUUCGUUUUCCCGAACCUCAAAGCACAGCAACUGGUCGCAUACUUCAAGGAGAAGCGGGUGGGCUUUACAGACGUCUUGAUCGAGGACUUUGCGAACGAGCGAGACGAGUUGAGGUUUGCCAUCACGCCCAGCCUGGUCCAACACGUUGGCAGAGAGGACGUCAAGAGUUCGAAGGACAGGGGCAGUGCUGAAAAGAUUUGGAGUGCUGCGUUUGAAAAGCUGAACUGGAAGACGUUGAAGGUGGAGCAUGAGGAGGUUGGUCGGCUGAGGAGUGUCAUCGCCCAGGAAGCACCGCCUUGA